CGCGUCUGUAGACAGGGAGGUCGGACGCCAAAAGGUCCGGGGACUGCAAAACGGAGAAAAACUCAGUAGAUAUCAACAUUAUUCACUGUCAUGGUUCGAACUAUUACUACUCAAUCACCUAAGGAUAAAAGAAAGUCGUCUACACCACACAAACGCAGUAAACCUUCCUCUGAAGUAAUUUAUAGUAGUCCGAAAAGACCUGGAGCGAGAGCAUCCACUUCGACUCAGAGUGAUGCGCACACGAAAAGUAAGUGGUUUAUCUGUUAAAUAUUGUACUAAUAUAUUGAGUCAAUCAAGUGCGCUCUACACAUAAAUGCUACUUUCAAAAAAACCGACCUCCAGUUACUGUGAUAAAAAUCUCCUAAGUUAAUACAAUUAAUAUAUUGUACUCUUUGGACCUGCGAUCGAUAAUUUUGAGCAAAACGAUUUGAGUCUGUUGCGUAUUUUAUACUUUUAUCUGAAUUUUUUUUUAUGAUAAUGUAAGUUGAGCCUAAACGUUCUUUAUCACUCAUUCUGAAGUCAUAACUUUAUACAUUGAACGUUUACAAACUUGAGUCACCUAGUCUAUUGGUUUUGGCGGGAAGUCCCUUGUUUUCCUAUAGGUACUUGUGUCAUAGCAGUAAUAUUUUUGCUUAUCAUUAUUUUUUUCUGUUACUUAAACAUUUGAUUUUUUUUCCAUGAAUUUGAAAAAAAAACUUAUACAGUAUAAGUAAACAGCAGCUUAUGAUCACAUUACAACUUCAUGCCGAUAUAUGUAACUUGUGUGUGCCCCAAAUUUUGGGGUUAUCAAGUAUUCAUAUAUUCAGGCUAUUGUUCUUGUCAUUGUCGAUUACCUUCCAAAGAAACCACAAGUGCAAUUUCUUUGAGCUAGGUGUGAUAUCUUUCUUUUGUUUCAAAUUUUGUUAAGCCCCAUUGUUACUUGAUGAGUAUUAAAUUUCUCCAUUAAAUACUCGGACUUGCCUGUUGAAUUUGCGACAUUUGUGGGAAUGCUCACAGGUCUUAGAAAGCGAGGCGGAAAGUCUGGUUGCGUUAACAUAUUUCGGUCAUGCACCCUAUUACAAAGUAAACAAGCCUGAUAAAUUUGAUUCUUGAUUCUUUCAAAGACUCAAAUCAGUGUUUUCAAUUUUACAGUAAAGUGGUUUACUUGUUUAAGUGGCUUGUGCGAUCAUCUCAGUCUCGUGUAAGCAGAACACAUGACAAUAGAAAGAUGCAGGUUGAGUUUGAUCGUCCGGGUGAAGCUAGUCCUGAAUAGGACUGUUGUUGUUGACAGUGACUAAUGUUUUGACAACCUGUGCGGUAGUCAUCUUCAGAGUCAAAGUGAGUUGUAUCACGUCAGUUGACGGUAUUAUGCUCUGGUUAUUGAUCUGAUUGGUCAAUUACGUUGUGAUGUUAUUGGUCGUCUGUCAGUUAAGCUGUGAUGUUAUUGGCUAUGAAGACUCGUAAUCAGUAAGUGCGUUUCGAUCUGUCUGUUGUCACAGUUAAACAGUUGUCUAUUGUUAGUUAAAUUGUCUUUUCUCCAGUCGUUCUCUUGUAGUUAGUUUUGCUUGAUCUCGUCAAUAAGUCGUUUGUACGGCGCUGGUAACUGUUGGCUAGGAUUCAGUGGCGUUUGUUCUAAGUUAGUAAACCAGCUUUUUAAAGUAAGACGUUAAUAGUAGUCUGUAGAAUACGUUAUACAUGUCGCAGAAUCGCACACUAUAAACAGUUACACGGUACAGCUAUGGGCUUUCCAGUUUCUGUUGUUGUAGCAGAAAUUGUCAUGCAAAAAAUGGAGUAACAAGCCGUAGCCACCUACACACGACCUGUACCUCUUUGGUUACGUUACGUUGACAACUCAUUCACCGCCGUACACAAAGACUGAAUCGACGAUUUUCACGAACACCUUAACAGACAGAACGCGGACAUACAGUUCACCAAGGAGAUCGAAUAAAAUGAUAAGAUAUCUUUUCUAGACUGCUUGGUCACUUGCGACAACAACAAACUAAAAACAACUAUUUACAGGAAACUGACACAUACCAACCGAUUAUUAGACCAGUCUUCGUACAAUCCGACCUCUCACAAGGCUACUACUAUCCGGACUCUGACUAGACGAGCACAACUAGUUUGCGACUCACCUGGCAGCCUACAAGAUGAGACUGAUUAUCUUAACAACGUUUUCAGAAAGAACAAUUACAACACAGACUUUGUUAAACAGAACACUCACAGUAACACUGAUUCCAACACUCAGACCAACGUCAACUCUGGUCCUGUUACGACAGCGAUUAUACCGUACAUCAGAGGCACAUCUGAGACUAUUGCACGUAUAUUACAACCUUACAACAUGCAUGUUGCACACAAACCGAUAACCUCUUUAUGGCGACUGCUUACUAAUGUCAAGGACAAAGACAAACCAGAGGACAGACAGGGAGCAGUAUACAAGAUCCAAUGCUGCGACUGCCAGGCUUCUUACAUUGGUGAAACCGGCAGAAACCUAAGCACGCAACUGACCGAACACAAAUGAGCGACGAGGAAUAGUGAUGUCAACAAUCAAAUUGCUGAGCACCAUUUACAGAUGAAACAUCAAAUUGACUGGGACGUAUUCUACAGACUACUAUCAACGUCUUACUUUGGAAAGCUGGUUUGCUAACUUAGAACAAACACCACUGAAUUGUAGCCAACAGUUACCAGUGCUGUAUAAAUGACUUAUUGACGAGAUCAAGCAAAACUAACCACGAGAGAACGACUGGAGAACUGACAAUUUAACUAACAAUAGACAACCGUUUAACUGUGACAAAAGACAGAUCAAAACGCACCCAUUACUGAUUACGAGUCUUCAUAGCCAAUAACAUCAUGGCUUAACUGACAGAUGACCAAUAACAUCAUGAUGUAAUUGACCAAUCAGAUCAAUAACCAGAGUAAAAUACCAUCAACUGAUGUGAUACAACUCACUUUGACUCUAAAGAUGACUACCGCACAGGUUGUCGAAACGUCAGUCACUGUCAACAACAACAGUCCUAUUCAGGACUACGUUCACCUGGACGAUCAAACUCAACCUACUUUUGAAAUGACUCCUGGGUUCAAACCUUUCACAAGAGAAAGAUGGCUACUCAACAUUGGCUUGCUUUGUACUUCGAAAAUUUUGCAAGAAAAAAAUCCAAUCUUGGUCUAAAGUGGUCGAAAUUUCUUGUUCAAGAUCUCUUUUUGAAGCUCUCAAAACUCUCUGUUUUAAAAAAUACACAUUGAUGGGAAUUUGCAGACGAUCUUUUUUGAUUAUGAAACCGUACUUGACCUGUAGUCAAGUAUAUCAUUCUGAUUGCAGCAUAACUGCAGAGCCAACAAACCAAAUAUUACUGAUCAUUUACAUCCCUUCUAAGCUGUGAAAGUUGAUUUAAAUCUUGCGAGCUUAGAAGCUGAAGACUUAAUCAUCAUUUUAACAGCUGUGAAAGUGAGAAAGGUGGGUUAAUGUUGAUGCUGAUGAUGGUGAUCAUGAUGAUAAUGAUAAUGAUGACAAUGAUGAUGAUGAUGAUAAUGAGAAAUAUGAAAACAAUCUCUGAUGUUGUUAAUAAAAGCAGGAUAAAAGUAAAGGUGGUAAUGAUCAUGUAGACAGAGCUGUUUACUGCACAAAGUAAAGGCAAAAUAGUAAUAAUAAUAAAGACAUCCUUCAUUGAACUAGAAUAGAAGGAACUUCACUUGCGUAGUGGUUUAUCAAUAAUGUUACAAAACACAUAGUUAAUCUUUCAAUGACAUCAAAAAAAUUGGCAUUCCCCUUUCCUGCCUUCAGAAAUUUUUACCAUCCCCCACCAAUUUCCGUUCAAAAAAUUUAAGGCUCUGCCCUGUGGUAUACAUAAUUUAUGCGGCCUAAGAAGAGAACAUUGGCGGGGGGGGGGGGGGGCCCAAAAACCCGAGAUUUGAAAAAAAAAAAAUGGGAAAAACAAAAAAAGAGGUUUAAAAAUUUUGAAAAUAAAAAAAUUUCUAUUUUCUCACACUCUCGCUAUUAAAAAUUUUUACUCAUUUACAUUUUUUUUUUAUUCAAUAUGAUCCGAUCAUGCCUGCAUCAUUGAGGUGGUGUUUGACACUCCAAUUAUGAGGUUAGAAAAGCAUGUAAAUGCACUAGUUAAACAAGAACGCUCGCUUGCUUGGAGAUAAAUUUUGUUGUCAGCUGGUGCUGUUAUGCUACUUUUUCGUUUGGAAUACAAAACAAGUGUUAUAUGUCAUAACGUAAAUACUCAAAACUUUAACUUUGCAAAGAAGAGACAGGCCGCACAUCUUAACUUCACACCGGUGUAAAGCCUUUGAAAAUCUUCUGCAUAUUAAUAUUGCUCCAGCGAGGAGAACUCUGUCAGGGAUUUGCACUCAAAACUGAUUUAACAAUGAUUUUUUAUUAGUAUAAAUAUACAUAGCUUCUUCUAUGUAUAAAGGGGACAAGAUAUUGCUUGAUACAGUAUUUGUUCAGCACAAGAAAAAUGUGUAAGUUUAGCAGAACCUUAUACAACAGACAGUUAAUUCAGUUCGCUCGUAUUCCUGUUGAAUCUGUUGUCCGUUUAGAAGAUAUCAACAUUGUGUGAAAGUAAUAUUAAAUUUUCCAUGGCUGCUUAGUAUCUGCUUUGCAUAUCUUCAUACAGUUGAUGUUUACGCGAUCUUAGUGUACAAUGCUUAGAGCUUUACACAGCGUGCAUUUUAUCACAGUAUCACUGGGAUAAAGCAUUUCAUUUUCCAGGAAAAUUUGACUUUCUCGUCAAAACAAUCACUGACUCAGUCAGGCUUACUUAAAUUUAGUGCUCAGUACAGCAAGCAGGUUUUUGUUUUGUGAAAUUUAUCUACAGUCUGCGCCCCGCAUUGCUACGAUCCACGAUUUUUUAAUUAAAUUUUCAUGUUUUUUUAACUGAUCCUUUAUCCCCAGUCCUGCAUCCUCGAUCCUUGAUCCUCAGUCCGCUACUGGUUUUCCAGUAAACCUUGAAGCUUUCCUCAGUAAGAUUUUUUUUUUCUCGACCACUGAAGUAAUCAAUUGUUCCAAAGUAAUCAUAGCUUUUAAGCAAUAGAAUUCGUAACGGACCCGUUCCGGAAAAGGUUGAUAUGGGAUUUCUAUUCUGUGGACAUGAAGUGCUGCAUGACUAGUAGAGUAUAUAAUGGUCAAGUACGAAGCUACCCGUAUAAGAACACAUCUGUGACACAAAUGUAACGUCAGAUGCGUAGUUGAAGUUGCUUCCAGUAGUACUGGAAGGUUAAAUCAUUGAUAUCUCAAGUAUUUGUAAAGUGCAACGCGCCUUCUCAUCUUAACGACUGCGAAAAUCUAUCAAUUGAAUACAUACAACACAUAAGUGAAUCUAUUUGACGGUAGAAUUCCAGUUUUUGCGACAAUAUUCUGAGAAAUGUAACGCCUCAAUACACCACAAUGAUAUUUUCUCAUCCUACUCGGGGUAUUUACUUUAUAAUACACGCCCAUAAUGACAAGAAAAUCAAGGGCCUCAAUUCUGGGAAAAUUACAUCAUCGCCAAACAGCAAAAACAUGUUCAACUUUAAUGUGUCAUAACAGUCAUCGCCCAAAAUAAACUGCAUGCUCAUCACAAGACUCAUUUGCAUACAAAUAUGAAACUUGUCAAGAUUCUCACCCCCAGUUUCUGUGAUCUCCGCUAGAAAUGCCUGGGAGCAUGCCGCCCUUUUCAGGAUGGAUAGACAAAAAAAUAAAGGCAUGCAUUUUUACAGUCUCACUUUGCUAAAGCAAGCUCGACUAAUUAUCAUUCAAUCCAUGAUUCUGCGCCAUGUUAUUUACAAUAGAAAUUUUUGGAGACUUAUGACCUGCCAGAUCACUGUGCUCUUUUUCUGGUCCUUUAAAGCUCAAACCUAAGUGAAAUAUGAUAAAUAUUAUUAUGGUUUAAUGUCUUUUGCAGUGCACGCACCUCUAUUAUGCAAUGAGUUAUAAGCAAUUGUACAUUUGUCUCAGUGAUAGUUUAUCACUUUUCAAGUCUAGGCUAGAGAUGCACCUUUUUAAGCCGUUUUUUUAAUAGUAGUCAUUUAGUUUUUUAAAUUUUCUUUUUUAAAAUUAGUUUUUAUUUAUUAACCUUAAUACUAAAGUGUAAAUGUGGAUAUUUUUUUUGUUAUUUUAAAACUUAUGUCAGAUGUUAGGAAAUGUUUUUAUGGGUAAUAAAUAGAGGAUAUUACACGGUGGUGCGAAGAUAUGAAUUUUAUUUUUGAGUGGCAAAACAAUAUUUUACGAACGAACGCAGCGAGUGAGUAAAAUAUUGUUUUUGCUACGAGAAAAUAAAAUUCAUAUCUUCAAGCCAACGUGUAAUGUUCUUUUUAUUAUAUAGACAAAAAGACAUCGAUAAAAUAAUAGAGGGAAAUGACCGAAAUUACGUCAUCGAUAGUCUCACGUGUGAGAUUAUGGAAAAUAAACCACUUGGGUCCAGGAUGUAGCUUUUAUAAAUUUUACGAGUGGUAUAUUUUCCAGUAAAAUACUCGUGUCUAUAUAAUAAAUGUUAUUAUUAUUAUUCAGUCAAAAUAUUUUUCUGUCUCUGACUGGCUAAAAUCCCACGCAUAAUUCAUCAUAACCAGCUGUUGUCGACCAAAUUUGGAGGAAUUUUGUGAUUUGUGAACUGAUGACAUCGAUCGGGCAGCAAAAUUGCCAGAUUAUUGAACGGAUAACCGAGAAGACUUGGGGACGAGGUUGAGUUGAACAUUUGGUUAGUGAGUACAAAAUAGUGGAACAUUUCACUUGUUUCACAAGGAAUAAAUAGGCAAAAUAUCAUCUAAAAAUGCUAUUGUCUAAAAGCAAGAACAUCAAGAAGACAACUCGAUGGACGAGUCAACAUCUGCUAUUUGGAGAAUACACACUGUAUUAAUUUUGUAGAACUGAAGAACCCUUUAUCUCCUAAACUUGGUUAUAAACAUGCACAAUCAAAGAUAAACUUAACAUCAAUGGAGGUAAGCAUGUUUUAGGUUGUUUUCAAACUAGCAAUUAUUUUAAAUGAAUAAUAUUGAAUUCGGCUUUCGUAUCAUUAUGGAGAUCUCAGAGGGUGUUAUCUGCCCCCGCGCAUAACAUGCACCCUCCUCUAUCUCCAUAAUUCUCAUCAGGCAACUGCCUGAUGAGUGUGGUCGCCUUUAGACCAUACAAAACAAGGUGUAGCAAUAAACUGAUGUAUAACCUCUGACGUCUGGAACUAUUUUUUAAUUGCAUUAUUUAUUGCUGCAGAGUUGAGCAUUCUUGAAGAGUUAUUCUAACCAGUUCAGAAAAUAUAAAAGCUAUUAUUAUAUGUGUUGUAUUUAAUUUUUUAUUUCAGGUAAUUUUUGUUUUUCUUUUGUUUUUGGUUAUGGUAAUAUAUUCUAAUGAGGUUGAAUUAAAGGAAAAAUAAAAAUUACCAAAGAUGAAAAAUUAACUUCAACAUAUGCCAGUGUGAUCAUGCAUGUACAUGUGUUGUCUGAAAUGUUUUUUGCUAGAAAAGAGAAGAUAUCGACCAGGAACAAGAGCGCUUAUGGAAAUAAGACACUACCAAAAAACAACUCAUCUUUUACUGAGAAAAGCACCAUUUAUGAGAGUGGUAAGCUUGGUUUUAGUCAGAAAUUUUAGUGAAAAUUAUAAUUUCCAUUUAACCUAAUGUCAUUAAUUUUUGUCUUUUAAGUGAAGGCAAUGGGCCGGAAGAAUUUUAAUAAUUUUGUAAUGUUUAUUCUUCACUACCUACUUUACCCCGAAAAGAUGGACUGAGUAUAGAUAUACUUCAAGUAUUAAGUAAUGAAAGGGAAAACAAAGAGGACAUAAAUGUUGUUUUUAGUCUGCCCAUCCUUAGAUCCAUCUCUUUGCAUGAGAAUUUUAUAAAAUCAUCAUGAUAAGACUAUUGCUAAUUUUUGUUAAUGUUGUCGUUGUUUGUUUUAAAAGGUUAGAGAAAUAGCUGACAAGUUUUACUAUGGGGAAGAAUUAAGAUGGCAAGUACCAGCUUUAAUGGCUCUUCAAGAGGUGGUAAUUUAUUUAAAGUGUCUCUAUGAAUGUUUCGUAAUUUGUGUUAUGUCUGCAGUAGGUACUAAGUUUUCGGUUAUGAUUUUAUUAAAAAUAUUUUUAGAAUGUAAGGAUUAUUGAAAGAUAAAUAUCGCUUUUUGCUUGUGUAGGAGAUAGAUUACCAUCAUUUUCAAUAGACUUGUUUAAGAAAUCUCUUAUCUCAUUAGUCUCGCUUGCGUAAGCAGCGAAACUCAUAAUCUGUAAGCGGUUUUUUCUCGUAUUUAGGACACAAAAGGGCGGUUGGGGUCCCAGGCGUUCUUAGCAAAGACCGUGGAAACUGGGAAUAAGAAUCGUUGCGUGACCGAAGCCACACAUGUUUUGCGAAGAAACUUUAGGAAAGGUUAAUAAAUGCGAGCUUUUCUUUUCUUAGCUUUUUAAGAGCUUUUCUGGAACGGGUUGAUCCACGAAUUCUAUCGCCUGAAAGAGUUGAUAACUUUGGAACAAGUGCACACUUCAGUGGUCGAAAAAAAAAGAAGAAUCUUAAUUAACAAAGGCUAACUGGUUGGCUGUUGUAAACUUUUAUUGUAUGCAAAUGGGUCUUGUGAUGAACAUGCAGUUUAUUUUUGGUGAUGAUUAGAAUGACAUGCUGUGUUCUCAUCAUGUUUUUGAUCUCUGGCAAUGAUGUAAUUUGUCGUGAAUCGAAGCCCUUGAAUUUUUGUGUAAUUAUACACGGGUAUAGCCUACAAUCACAGACGUAUCUCCGGUUGUCGCUAGCACACGUACUAAAACAAUUCAGAAACAAAUCGUUAAAGACGAUAUAAACAGUAAAAAACCUGAAGAAUACUCAACUGUCGGUAAAGUAGGAAGUGAAAAACUUUUAGCGAGUAAAUCCUGUUUCGUCUAGAAUUAAUCACCUUCUCAUUCAGGAUCCUCAUUUCUUACCAAAUCUCCAAGCAAACGAGACUUAAUGCCGAUAUUAAAAGUGUUCUUGUUAUUGUUAGUUCACAACUAUUUUAGAUAGAUGUUUUAAGAAACUUUUGAACGCUCUUCCUAUCAGUGUCUGAGAGAUUUAGAGUAUUUUCACAUUGGUAGUCCAUAACAUUGAAGCGGCAACCGAACCCACGGCUCGACACGGCAAUCUUGUUGUUGUUACAAACCAAUCCUGUAGGAGUCAAACCCUUUCUUAUCUAAAUGCUUCUGUUCCAACAAAUGUGUGUAGAUGCUGGCCGUAUGAGUGCAAAUGCUUUAUAGUGCUGUAACUGGAAAAAUGCUUUUAUAAGUAAUGUUUCACAUGAUUGGUUGCUAAUUGAAAGUGUUCACUUAAGAGAGGUGGUCCCACAUGGAGGUUGUACUGUAUAAUGAUAAUCAUUUAGGAUUAAAUUGAAAGGCUUCAUGAAAGUGAUAUGUCCAGGAUUGAACUCUGUCGCGAAAAUUUGCUAGCAAUUAUUUAUAGCAAUUUUAGCAAGAAGUGAUUCACAAGAAAAUGUUGUCAGACACUUGCUUGCAAAUAUCGCAAAGUAGCGAGAAUAACAAAUUUGGCAAAGAAGUUACUGGCAAAUUAUUGUGACAAUAUGAAAUCCUGCGUAUAAGGGCCAUGAAAAAAAACUCCCCUACGAGAAGAAAAUGAGGGGACGUGGAGCCUGUCAAUAUUAUUAUAAAAAAAAUACAAUAUUUAAUAUAUUACAUAUUAGUUUAGGAACGUAACUCUUGCCCAUUUUUUUUUUCAGGCAGCGGAAGCAUUUCUUGUGCGACUGUUUGAGGAUGCGUACCAUUCUUAAUUUAUACUAUAGUCACACCUUGGUUACAAAUACACUUUGCACUUUAAAUUGCAGUUACAUGUAGAUUUGCUACCUGAUUUUUUGCGGAAAAAAUACUUACCAUAUCCCUCAGAAAAAAAGUGUCAUUUCAUUUGUAGGUUAUAUUAUACCCUGGGUGCCAGAGUUUUUUUCUUAGCUAAUUCCUGACAGUUUGCAGUGACAAGGCACAAGGUGCUAAGAAUCGAAAAAGCUUUAGCAAACCGUGAGUGUGGUAAAUCUCGUCCUAGGUUUUUAGAGAACGGACCUCUGUAGAAAGUUAUAUUAUAUUUUAUAUAUAAUUGUGGAAAAAGGGUGCUUUUAGAGUAUUAAACAAGGAGCUAAAGCCAAUGGUUUGUUUUGAAAAUUAGAAAGUUACGCACGGGUAAUUUAACUCAUUGGCUCCUGGGAAUUUUACCAAAAAACCGCAUUUUGAAUAUAGCCAAGCUGUUUUCUGGUCAGUCUGGUUUUUAAGAGCUAAAACUUACCACAAAGCUGUUUACAGGUCGUACUGUUUGCGGUCUUCUGAUCUAGAUGCAAAAUAUUGGCUUCUCAAAUAGUUCUUGGGUGUAAAAGUGACACAGUAGUCUUGGCUUUUUUUUCUCGCUUUCUUUCCUCCCCUCUUCUUGAUUCAUUUAUUUUUUCUUUUUUUCUUUCCUUUUGCUGGGCAUUUAGUAGACUUCAUUUUGGGGGGAAACGUUUUUCGGAAGGCUUUUAGGAUCUUAGGAUUAGAUGAAAGGAAAGGUAGGUGGGUAGUGGAACAAGAUUUUCAUGGGAAUUUCCAGCUCAACCUUACAUGGGUUUGGAGUAUAAAAUAUGAUAAUCAUUUUCGGUACUUCCAUCUCAGUUUGAUAUUUAUUCUCUCAAAAAUGCCAUGUUCAUGGUCCCUUCUUAGGUGAAUUAACGACAAAUUUUGCAGGUUUUAUGCCAAGUUAUAAACCUUUAUGAAAAUAUUGGAGUGCCCCCAUUUACUUCACUCACGUUUAUUACAAAGUUCAGUCCAUGAAUGGGUUGUUUGACUUUUUUUGGUGCUUGUUGUCUUUUCUCUUGUUUGUUUUUGUCCGUACAGUAACUUAUGUGCACUACAUGCCAAACGAGUAACUGUUAUGCCCAGAGAUAUGCAGCUUGCCAGACGAAUCCGCGGACGCCAUGAUGGACUUGGAUGAGUGCAACUGGCCUGUGGCUGAUGCUGAAAGUGUUUUUGAGUCCAGAUGUUAUAUAUUCUUUUAGUCUUUCAAUUGUUAUAUUUUUAUACUGUAAAUUAUGAAACCCACUAUCUCUUGUCUUCUUAACCUGUGAACCUUCUUAACCACAGCCUUUUAAACCACUUUAAGAGUAUAUGUUUUUGAAUUAGUUAAUUAUUUUAUACAGUAGUAACUGUCUAUCUGGUAAAUAUUUGUGGCUGUAACUUCCUGUCUUUACUAUCAGAGGAAACAUUUUGUAUUGCAUCGAUGCUUUUUAUACUUGAACUUGAUGCAUAUUUUUGAUUAAAUACUCUGCCUUUUUUAAUUUCCUGCUAAUAUGUUGUUGAAUUCAAUUAUUAAUAAAACAUGCGUUCUCUACAUGUACAUUUUGAAAGUAUUGUUGUUGAAAUAAAGUCUUGAAG